CUGGCACCAUUUCUCGAUCUACUCUCUCUUUUUCUUUGCCACUAUUUAUACCAAGUUCUUUGAGCGAAGUCCUCAUUUUGAAUGUGAAACCGGCCCAAAACUGGAUACUGAACUCGUGAAAAAUAUUGCAACUUUUUUGUUGCUUCCUCUCCUGAAUUCUCACUUUAAGAUCACUAUCUUUUUUGGGUAAAUUUCCUCUCUUUCUUUCUCUCUCUCUCUCUUCAAGUCCUGGAAUCAAUGGAAGGUGUUAGAGUGAAGGAAGAGAAUGGUGGGUUCGAAGCCAUGGCUUCUGAUCACGAGACAAUUCGUCCUCGGCCUCAGCCAAUGGAAGGGUUACAUGACAGUGGGCCUCCUCCUUUUCUCACAAAGACAUAUGACAUGGUGGAAGACCCUGCAACUGAUGCCGUUGUUUCAUGGGGGAAAGGGAGAAACACCUUCAUAGUGUGGGACUCGCACCAGUUCUCCACCCAUCUUCUCCCCAAAUACUUCAAGCACAGUAACUUCUCUAGCUUCGUUCGCCAGCUCAACACAUAUGGCUUCAAAAAGGUGGAUCCAGAUCGCUGGGAAUUCGCGAAUGAAGGGUUUCUGGGUGGACAGAGGCAUUUGCUAAAGAAUAUAAAGAGGAGGAGACCAGUCUCUCAGAGCCUCCAUCACCACCCAUCCGAUGCCUACGUUGAGCUUGGACAAUUCGGAUUGGAUGGCGAGCUUGAAAUGCUAGAGAGGGAUCGGCACACAUUAAUGACAGAGAUUGUUAAGCUAAGGCAACUGCAACAGACCUCAAGAGCAAAACUGGUGGCCAUGGAAGAUAGAUUGCAGAGUAACGAGCAAAAGCAGCAACAAAUGAUGGCUUUCUUAGCCCGAGCCUUGAAGAACCCGACUUUUAUUCAGCAAUUGGUUCAGAAGAGAGAGAAAAUGAAAGAAUUGGGGGGUUUAGGAAGCAAGAAGAGGAGGCUUCCAAGCAAUGAAAGAGUGGAAAAUAUUCAGGAAGAAGGACCAUCAUCUCAUUUUGUGAACUACCCAUCUCAAACCCAUGAAACAGCAGAGACUGAUAUCGAUGUUCUCUUCUCUAGUUUGAACAGUGAUUCAAUCUUUCUCUCUUUCGAUCAGAAGACCCAAGUACCUGGUUCUUAUGGCACAGGAGGUUUAGGAUUUGGCAAUGAGCAGGGUUCUCAGGUUAUUUGGGAAGAUCUGAUCAAUGGUGGAUUUGUAUCAGAUGAUGAAGAAAGAGAAGAUCGAACGGAGAUAGAGGUUGAAGUGGAGGAUUUGCAGGCGAAAUCUUCAACUUGGGAUGAUGAUGUUCAGGUCUUAGUUGAGCAAAUGGGUUUUGUAGGCCCAAAGCCAUGAGCUCAAUGUUGCUCUGUUUUCUUUGUCGUUGAAGCUUUUUAUACAGUGCCUCUGCUUCCUCCAUUGCUGUCCUACAGUGGUCGCAGGGAGGAUGGUAGGAAGCUGGGGAGGGCAGAGGAUGUCUGUUGCUGUAUCCUUGACAUGUUUUACUUUGUUUUUUGUUUUUACAGUUUCCCUUCCUUAUAUGCCGCCCCCCUCUCUCUCUCUCUCUCCUCUACUUCUCUCUCUCUCUUCUCCUCCCCCAUCUGUCUUUCUCUCCCCCAUUCUCUCUCUCUUCCCUUUUAUCUCUCUCUAACUGUCACUCUUUCUCUCUCCCCCUUUGUUCAGUUGGAGGUUUUAUGGUUGUCUGAUGGGAAAACAUGGGUUGUGUUUUAUAGGUGUGGUGAUGGAUUCAAUUCUGAUUCAAUUCAUUGUUAAAGGUUGAUGGAGCAGCCACUGGAAUGGAGGACUGAUGGCUGCUGUAAUUUUCUCUCUCUAGGACUGCUGUUAUUUUCUCUUUCUACAUGGCCCAUCGAAGCUGCGCGAGUUAAACAGAGGAUAGAAAUCCUUUUUCUUCAUUAACAGGGGAUUAACAUCUUGGAAUAUCUUACUCUGUGAAUAUUAUCUGGCGUUUUGUAGAGGAAAGAAAUGGGUGGUGUUGGUUUUCAGUGGGCCCUUGUACAGAAUAUUUAUUCUUACUUAAUAUUCAUUUGUUUUUUAUUGGGAAAAGAAAUAUGGGGUGCGGGUUCCAUUGGACCCUGUUUAAUAAUUGAAAAUCUAGUAAUGGAGAAAACAGGAGAACGACAUGUUUUCAUCCCUGUUUAUAUCUCUGAUGAUGAGGUGAUAAAGAAAAGGAUGGCUGUUUUUUGGGGUUAAGUCUAUUUACAAGUUUUUUUACCAUGAUCGAAGUAGGGAGACACAAUCAGGUUGACACAUGUUUGGAAGAUGCCCAUGCUGCAAAUGAAUCAAGCUUUUUUUUUUUUGGGUAGCCUUGCAAUGCAGGUCACUAACAGAUGAUAUUUUGAGGAAGAGAGGUAAAAUUAUGGUCAACAGUCCUUUGCCGUGUAAAGAGGAUGAAGAGAAUGGAGGUCAUGUUUUUCUAUAUGGAGCUGCCGGGGUUGCCUAAGAUGGUCGGAUGGUUUGGAAGAUUUUAAAAUCUAAGGAGAGAAAUAAAAAGAUCUUUGAAGGAGUGUUCCUCAAUUUGGUGGAUGCAAAAGAUGGUUAUAAAUAAUUUGUGGAGCUGGUUUUUCCUUACUAAGGAGGGGAUCGGUAUUUUUAAAGGUUGGAUAUUAUUCUCAGAUUGAAAACCAUUAUCGACUGAUCUUUGGUGCACGUAAAGUUGAGGAGGAGGUGGUGUCCGCCUUUGAAUGGUUGCAUUAAGCUGAAUUUUGGUAGUUCUCUAUAAAAUUUGGAUUGACUGACGAGGAUUUGUGGAGCGGCUAGGGUACAUUUUGUUCACUUAUGCUGGUUCUUGUCGUUUUGACUAUUGCAAAUGAGGCUGUGUUGUUUCACCUCAUGGAGCAUUAAAUGUGAUCAACAGAUAUCAUUGUUGUGAUUUUUGCCAGUCUUUCCUUAAAUCAAUUAUCCGAUCUCGAAAUUCGAGAAGAAUCAAGUGAACUGAAAAUAAUCACUUGUAAGCUA